AUGGCGGCCGUGCCGGAGGACCUCCGCUGCAAGCGCUCCGACGGCAAGCAGUGGCGCUGCAGCGCGCCCUCCAUGCCCGACAAGACCGUCUGCGAGAAGCACUACGUCCAGGCCAAGAAGCGCUCCGCCUCCUCCGCGCUCCGCCGCUCCUCAGCCUCCUCCUCCCCCGCGCCCGCCUUCCCGUUCUCCUCCUCCUCCGCCGCCGCCGCUCGCCUCCGCACCGCCGACGAGGACCCGCCCAUGGCGGUCGCGAGGCCCCUCUACGGCAGGGUCGCCGGGGAGGCGGUGUACGUGGCUGAACCGGUGCCGGCGCCCGCGCGGAGGGGGACCGCCUACGAAGGGCUGCCCCGGGGCAAUGCGGCUGGUGCGAGCACCGCGGCGGGGCUGGUCGGCAGAGGCCCGGUAUGGUUGCCUGGCGGCGGCGCUGCAGGGAUAAGGAGUUGCCACCAGUGCCGGAAGGCUGGGGGUGUCAUUUGGUGUACCUGCUGUGACAGGAGAGGGUACUGUGCCGGCUGCAUCUCCAGAUGGUACUCUGACAUUCCGAUUGAUGAUGUUCGAAAUGUUUGUCCAGCAUGCCGUGGCAUUUGUAAUUGCAAAGUUUGCUUACAAGGAGACAACUUAAUAAAGGCUAGGGUGCAAGAAAUAUCAGUUGUUGAUAAGUUGAAAUAUCUUCAUUGCCUUUUGGUUUAUGUUCUUCCAGUACUGAAGGGGAUUUAUUCUGACCAAUGCUUUGAAAUAGGUGUUGAAACAAGAUCUUCUGGACCAAAGACAGAUAUCCUCAGAGCAAAGAUAACUUCUGAUGAGCAGAUGUGCUGUGACUUUUGCAAAGUGCCAGUGUUUGAUUAUCACCGAUACUGCCCAAGAUGCUUGUGUGACUUAUGCCUUGAUUGCUGUCGUGAUAUACGUCAUUCUCGGGCCAAUGUUGCACGAGGAGAAUAUACUGAAGGUCAUGUUGAAGAUAAAGGUAGAGAUUCUUUUAAUAAAAGAGCAAGAUUGGAACCAUCUGCAGAGAGUGUAAAUGACAAGUCAUUAUCUUGGCCAAUAGAUAUAAAUAAUAUUGACAUUAGAUCUUUAUUCCCUACAUGGAGAGUCAACAAUGAUGGCAGCAUCACUUGUGGACCUCAUGAGGCUGGUGGUUGUGGCUCCUCAAAGUUGGUAUUAAGGCGGAUAUUCAAAAUAAAUUGGAUUGCUAAACUUGUAAAAAGUUCUGAAGAAAUGGUCAAUGGUUGCAAAGUACAUGAGUUGGAGGAUGGAUGUUUGUCUUGCAGUGAUGGCAGAAGAUUGGAGUUUACUGGUCAGCGAAACCUCGGUCUCUCAAAAUGCUCAAACAGUGAUGGGAUUGGUAGGAAUUGUGUGUACUCUCCUGUAUUGGAGGACUUAAAAUACGAAGGCAUCAUUCACUUUCGUAAGCAUUGGAUAAACGCGGAGCCUAUUAUUAUCAGGAAAGCAUUUGAGCCUUCUCUAUCAUCAAGCUGGGACCCCUUGAGUAUUUGGAGAGGUAUCCAGGAGAUCAUGGAUGAAGAUGUCAUAGUCAAGGCUGUGGACUGCUCGAACCAAUCAGAGGUAGAUAUCAAGCUCAAACAGUUUAUCAAAGGCUACUCAGAUGGCAGCAAAGGAGGAGAUGGCCACUUGUUGAUGCUGAAAUUGAAAGAGUGGCCCCGACCCAGUGUCUUGGAGGCGUUUCUGUUGUGCCAAAGGCCAGAAUUUAUUGUCAACUUUCCUCUUGUUGAUUUUAUUCAUCCUAGAUGGGGUCUCCUAAACCUUGCUGCCAAGUUACCCCCAGAUGCCUUACAGCCUGAAGUAGGGAUGAAGCUGCUAAUUGCAUAUGGAAGUCACCAAGAACUUGGUAAAGGUGAUUCAGUGACAAAUCUAAUGAUUAACAUGAGCGAUGUGGUUCACAUGUUAAUGCAUGCAACUGAAGUGCAUUACCAAUGUCCCAAGAGGGUACAGUCUGAUGUAUCUGAAAGGAUUGCUAAUGGAACUAGUGUGCAUGCAAAUGCUCACACUCCUGUUCAAAAUUUGAAUCUGGAUAUGGGGGAGCAAGCGCACAAACAUUCAAUCUCACACGUCGAGGAGCCAAAAACUAAUAGUUCAGAAGGAUCCCAGGCUGGUGCUGUCUGGGAUGUAUUCCACAGGCAGGAUCUUCCAAAGCUUAAUGAAUAUCUAGCUGUUCAUCGGGAAGAAUUUGCAGCUAGAUAUCAAGCAGUAUCUUCUGUUAAGUAUCCGAUUUAUGAUCAAACUGUGUACCUUAACGAUUAUCAUAAGAAGAUGUUGAAGGAUCAAUAUGGAAUUGAACCCUACACAUUCCACCAACAUAUUGGUGAGGCUGUUUUCAUUCCAGCUGGCUGUCCUUUCCAAUUGAAAAACCUCCAGUCCACGGUUCAAUUGGCUCUCAAUUUUUUGUCACCGGAGAGUUUGCCAGAGUCAGUCCGGCUGGCCCAAGAGAUCCGUUGCCUGCCAAAUGGUCAUCUUGCAAAAUUGAAGAUGCUUGAGGUAAAAAAGAUCUCCUUAUAUGCAGCAAGUUCUGCUGUUAGAGAAAUUCAGAGAAUAACCCUUGAUCCCAAGUUCAAUCUUGAUGCAAGUUUUGAGGAUCAAAAUUUGACUAGGGCGGUUUCAGAGAACUUGGCAAGAGUAAACAAACGGAAGGUGCUUAGCGGGGUGGCUCUGCUGUCGUACAGGGCGGCCAAGGCUCCCAGAGACAAGGAACAUCCCUAUGGGCAUGGAAAGUUCGAAGGUUUAGGAGCUCUUGGGAUUUCAAGUAUGCUGUUGGUUACUUCAGGUGGGAUUGCAUGGCAUGCUUUUGAAGUUCUUCAGGGAGUUAUGUCUUCUGCUCCUGAUAUAAUUGGCAACACAUUGCAUGCCCACCACGACCAUGGUAGCAGUGGGCAUCAUCAUGGAAUAGAUUUGGAACAUCCAGUUCUUGCAUUGAGCAUGACAACUUUAGCAUUAUCUAUCAAAGAAGGGCUCUACUGGAUCACAAAAAGAGCUGGGGAAAAGGAAGGCAGUGGGCUGAUGAAAGCUAAUGCAUGGCACCAUCGUGCAGAUGCUAUUUCAUCUGUCGUUGCCCUAGUAGGGGUAGGUGGUUCCAUUCUUGGGUUGCCUCUUCUUGAUCUACUAGCUGGACUUGUUGUCUCUGGCAUGAUUCUGAAAGCUGGUAUUCAGACUGGAUAUGAGAGUGUAAUGGAAUUAGUUGAUGCUGCUGUGGAUCCUUCACUUCUAGAACCAAUCAAGGAAACUAUUUUGAGGGUUCACGGUGUGAAGGGGUGCCAUCGAUUGAGGGGAAGAAAAGCUGGGACAUCAUUAUAUCUUGAUGUACAUAUAGAGGUGUAUCCUUUUCUGAGUGUUAGCGCAGCACAUGAUAUCGGUGAAACUGUUCGUCAUCAAAUUCAAAAGGAGCACAAUCAAGUUGCUGAAGUUUUCAUACACAUAGAUCCCUCAUACUCAGUAGGCCUGAGCAUGGACCUGAAAAGGAAUCUGAAGAACUGA